AAUUUCUUGCUUGGAGCUCAGACAACAAAGGCAGAGUGAGCCUGGUUUUCUUUCUCUCAGCAUCUCCACCCUGUGUGCUGCAAACCGCUUCAGAUCUUUAGGGCUCACCAAACUAUGGAACUUGAUUUUGGACACUUUGACGAAAGAGACAAGGCGUCCAGAAACAUGCGAGGCUCCCGCAUGAAUGGCCUGCCCAGCCCCACUCACAGCGCCCACUGCAGCUUCUACAGGACCCGCACCUUGCAGGCGCUGAGCAACGAGAAGAAAGCCAAGAAGGUGCGCUUCUAUCGCAACGGGGACCGCUACUUCAAGGGGAUUGUAUACGCCGUGUCCUCCGACCGCUUCCGGAGUUUCGAUGCUCUCCUUGCUGACCUGACCCGGUCCCUGUCCGACAACAUUAACCUGCCUCAGGGAGUGCGGUACAUAUACACCAUCGAUGGCUCGCGCAAGAUCGGGAGCAUGGACGAGCUGGAGGAAGGGGAGAGUUAUGUCUGCUCAUCUGACAACUUCUUCAAGAAGGUGGAAUAUACCAAGAAUGUCAACCCCAACUGGUCUGUCAAUGUGAAGACAUCUGCCAACCAGAAAGCGCCUCAGUCCCUGGCCAGCAGCAACAGCGCCCAGGCAAAAGAGAACAAAGAUUUUGUGCGUCCCAAGCUGGUAACCAUCAUCCGUAGCGGGGUGAAGCCCCGAAAGGCAGUCCGUGUGCUCUUGAACAAGAAAACUGCCCAUUCGUUUGAGCAAGUUCUCACCGACAUCACUGAAGCUAUAAAGCUGGAGACAGGAGUAGUCAAAAAGCUGUAUACUCUGGAUGGGAAACAGGUGACCUGUCUCCAUGAUUUCUUUGGGGAUGAUGAUGUGUUUAUCGCCUGUGGUCCAGAAAAAUUCCGCUAUGCACAGGAUGACUUCUCUCUGGAUGAAAGCGAGUGUCGAGUGAUGAAAGGGAGCCCUGCAGCCGCCACAGGCAGCAAGUCAUCUCCCACACCUCAGAAGAGCUCAGCAAAGAGUCCAGCCCCCAUGCGCCGGAGUAAGUCUCCAGCCGAUUCAGGUAACCAUCAGGACGCAAAUGGGACCUCAAGCAGUCAGCUGUCUACACCCAAAUCCAAGCAGUCUCCGAUCUCCACACCCACCAGCCCAGGGAGCCUCCGUAAGCACAAGGACUUGUACCUGCCUCUGUCUUUGGAUGACUCUGAUUCCCUGGGAGAUUCCAUGUAAAGCGACAUGAAGCUAAAUGUCCAUAUUGCAAGCUAUGGUUAAGAUACAGUAGAGUACUUCUGCCAAAAGAAGCAGAUAGGUGACUGGUGCUUUCAGAUCAGACAAAGGACACACAGUUAUAUGUCAUUUUUUUUUCUGUGAUUUAUCCUCCGUGCCACAAAUCAACACCUAUCAAUCUAUAGAGAUAGAGGGAUACCAUUCUUCUCAGUAAAGUUAUAGGGAUGCAAAAUGGACAGUGCCAGUAAUUUUAGGCCAGAGUGCCAAUGACCUGUACAUUUCUCAUUUACUUCUGUUAUUUCUUCCUCUGCUGCAACUACAUGAUUUUCCUAGUGAUAGUAAAAUAGCUCCCCUGGAAGAAUGCAAAUCAAUCUCUUGCUGACCAAUCUGCAAACUCAAGUAGAACAAAUUAUAUACUUCACCUGUCCAAACUGCCAGUGUUUGCUAGCAUACUUGCUUCUCAUUUUCACCCCUGACUGUAGCACCUGCAUGCCAAUUAAUACUGUUUUUGUUUCUGGAGGACAGGGAGGGAAAUGACUUAUUAGUUUGAAGCUUACUAUGCCAGCAGAAGCUUGGAAAAGAUUGGGAAUGGCUGCAUAAGAUGCUAACUAAAGUGAGUACAAUAGUGAUUCUUCAGAUAUUCAAAUACUGGAAUAUUUUAUAGUGAUUAAGCAAAAAAAAAAAAAAAAAAAAAAGUCAGCUGAGUUGUCUAGAGUGGAACAGCUUUCAUAUAUGAUCCAAAGAUACUGCUGGCUGAUGACAAAUUUUAUACUUACUCUAUGGUAUCUCUCUAUCUCUGCUUACAGUAGUAAUGCCUUGUAAACAGCCAACACUGAAAACACUGUGAAAAUUUGUUUUCAGGUCUGACACCCUAUAGGUCACUUUUUAUAACAAAAAAUCAAUACACUUUUUAUAAAGGAAACCUUGUAUCUGUGUUUUGAGAGUAAGGAUUCAAGCUCCUUCUUUUUUAUAAAAGCUGGUAGUUUUCUUUUGUUUAAAAAACACAUUCAGAAAAAUGUACAAAAAAAAAAAGCCAACCAACAACUGCAGAACAGUAAUAGCAACUUAAUUUAGAUAUCUUCUUGUCACUGCCAAAACAGACACUUGUAGGGGAAAAAAAGGAAUCAAUUCAAAAUAUUGAACGUUUUGAUAGUUUUUGUAAUGUUUAAGGCUGCAUAUUCAGUUUUUUACACUUCAGUAUUCCUAACUUUGGCCAGAUUCUCUACUUAUAUAACAAAUGGAACUUUGUGGUGUUCAAAAAACCAUAUUUUAAGAAACUCUUCUAUCGGACAAAAACAAACAAUGUAUUUAGAGAAAUCUUUUGCUUUUAUUAAUCAAUAAUGACUCCUACAGAAUGCAAAGUUCAUCUAUUUAUGCAAGGCUGGUGGUUUUUACUACACCGAAGCUUUGUCAUAGGCUAGCUGGCAUUGCCUCUAUUUCUCAUGGAAUAUGCUUUGGAUGAAACUGAGAAUUACAGAACUUUACCUAAAUGAAAUCCAUGCAAUCAAACCUUUCUUUGUUGCUGUAUUUGCCUUUGUUUCAAUGUAUAUACAUAUUCCUUAUUCCUUUGCAGCCCCUUGUGAUUAGAAAGAAUUAUAAUGUUGUGAUGUUUGACCAUACAUGAAUGCUGGGUUGUUCCCAAAGCCACUCACAUUUUUGCAUUACUGGUAUGAAACAAUCUGUGCAGGUUGUGUCUUCAGAGGUUCACACAAUGAUGCAUACAGUGCAACUUAAAGAGCUGCAUCUGAGAGACAGGAUUGGGAAUUGCUGAGGGGUCAGAGCUGUUGUGCACCAAAUUUGCACCCUGUAGUCUUAGUGCUUGAUCACUCACACUCAGAGUUUUGCACAAGAAAAUAUUUGUGCCCAUAAACAGCUUUGAGUAACACUCUAUGUCCGCUAAACGUUUGACGUAUUGUACAUAGACGCCCACAUCAGUUUGAAAGGAUAAGGGCUAACAUUGAAGCUUUGUGGGGGGAAAGUAUAGUCCUGUGGACACAGCGUAGCUGCUGCAGUCAGGACACCUUCAUUCGGCUCUUGGCACUGCUAGAUUUGGUGUUGGAACUCAAGCAGAUCUCUUGGUAAUCCUGUGCCUCAAUACGUCUAUCUGUGCUAUGGGGAUAAUGCUGCUCUACCUCACUGGGGGUUGUGAGGCCAAAUGUUUGCUAACGUUUGUAAAGUGCUUUCAGAUCCUCUGACAGAAGGUGCUAUUCUAGGUGCAGAUUUGGUUAUGGGUGCUAAUUUUGGGCUGUUUAAUCCUUUGGGUGCUACU